CCGAUGGAAGGGAUAUAUUCCUCGCUUUCGCAGGAUUGAGAUUUGGAAAUGGAGAAUACGUGCGAAAUUAAUUAAUGACUUACAUAAUAGUAGUCGCCGCUGUGAUGACAUUCAUUUCCAAAAACCUGUCUUCAGAGAAGCUAGCCGGCCAAAUUAGAACGCGUUCGUUCCUGAUCUGCUAAUUUUUAGAUAAAGCUCUGGCCUUUUUUUCAUAGUUGCAGGCAGGCAGAGGAUUAUUUUCAUCAAUCGGGGGGUGGGAUCGGAAGAAGAAGGAACGUAUACAGUAAUGGAUCCUUCAGAUCAGCGCCGCAAGAGAUAUUCAAAGCGCAUUCUCAGACAAUCGUAUUCGUAUCCUCCCAAAUCCCUCUUGUCCGUAAGAAGUCUCCUCAUUUGUUUCAGCUUCUUCAUUGUGCUUUAUCUUCUGUCCCGCACAAGUCCCUUGAGAUCUUAUGCUUAUCGCCCAGUUUUGGUAGCUUCAAGCUUGUCUUUACUGUCGUCUGCCACUACAAGAAGUGUUAAAUCUGUUCAUGAUUUUGGGGGUUUAUUUCUGCGGCUGAAAAUCGAGAACCGUGUGUUGUUCCCCGACCACAUUCUGUUGCUUGUGAGGGGUGGGCUGCUGAAAUGGAGAGGAUCGGACUCGGAGUUCGCUUUCAACUGUGUUUAUUACAGUAAAGCUAAUGAGUUUAGGAAUGGUGUUGUUCAGAAAAAGGUAUUGUCCGUGGAUGAAUACGAUGGGUUCAGGUCCAUUGUCAGGUGCCCGGUUGCACCUGCGAAUUACUCGAAUGUUGUCAGUUUGGGUAAGGAGAUCAGAAGCGGGAUUUCGGAGGAGACUGCCAUCAAUUCUUGGGAUCGUUUGGCCUAUGCAGCUACUCUGGAUGGGGACAGUGUUGUAGUGUUUGUGAAGGGGUUGAAUUUGAGGCCCGACAGGGAGUCCGAUCCUCGUAUGUUUAGUUGCCAUUUUGGGCUGAGAAAUUGGGGUAACAAUCCCACCUAUAUGCUGUCGACCAGAGCUUUGACAGCUGCACAAGAGGUUGUAAGGUGUUCAUUGCCAAGGAGCAUUCAGGACAAUCCGGAUAAGGCUCAGGGAAUCCGUGUCACCAUCGGAGCGACCCCCCAGGGGGCUCGUCGUGGCCGAGCUUACCCGAGGUUGCUUGUCCCCUCUGUUGCAAGAAUCUCUAAUCCAGGGUCGACAUACCGGCCUGGUACGAGGUCGGAGCUUUGUGUCUGCACAAUGGUCUGGAAUCAGGCCCCUGCCAUUCGCGAAUGGAUUAAGUACCAUUCUUGGCUGGGCGUCGAGAAAUGGUUCGUUUACGACAACAACAGUGAUGAUGGACUUGAUGAGGUUGUUCGAGAACUCAAUGCAGAGAAUUACAAUGUAACAAGACAGGUUUGGCCCUGGAUCAAGACACAGGAAGCUGGAUUCUCACAUUGUGCUUUACAGGCACGCCAUCAGUGUCGUUGGGUGUCGUUCAUGGACGUGGAUGAGUAUUUUUACUUUCCAUAUUCAGCGCCCGGACACGACCAGUUCAGGGCAUCAGGACAUGCAUCCAAGAAUGCUUUACGCGCAUUAGUCUCUAACAUUUCGUCGUCAUCUGACACUGUUGCCGAAAUCAGGACAUCCUGCCACAGCUUCGGGCCAUCAGGGCUGACGAAGCCGCCUCCGCGAGGGGUCACGGUGGGUUACACAUGCCGGCUGCAGAGUCCCGAGAGGCACAAAUCAAUCAUAAGACCGGACGCAUUGGAUCCAACUUUGCUGAAUGUGGUGCACCAUUUCCACCUGAGGGAGGGAUUCGAGUACGUGAACUUGCCGCAGAGCGCCGCGGUGAUUAAUCACUACAAGUACCAGGUGUGGGAUGUGUUUAGAGCAAAGUUUCAUCGGAGAGUGGCGACGUAUGUGGCCGACUGGCAAGAGAACCAGAACGAAGGGUCGAGGGACAGGGCGCCAGGGCUGGGGACGGAGGCGAUUGAGCCGCCGGAUUGGUCGAGGAAGUUCUGUGAGGUGUGGGAUACAGGGCUGAGCGACUUUGUGCUGGCUAACAUGGCUGUGGGGGCUGAGGGGUUGCUGCCAUGGGAGAUGUAGCCAGUAGCCAUAGAUGGAUCUGAUCAUACACUUCUAAGUCAUUCAUUUCAUUUAUUCAAUUCAUUUAUUGUUGGUGAUUUGGGCAUUCUGAUGACAUGCUGGAAUUUGUAGAGACUACUACGCCAAAGAAGAUGUGUAUAGGUUUUGUUUCCAUUCAAAUACAAAAGGUUUAUGAUUAUC